CAACAAUUUUUGAAUGGUCAUGUUGGUGUAUCUGAUUUAUCAGAUUGACAUACCAAUGUUGUGUAUACAGAGGUGUAACAACAUGAAAAAUUAUUCGUAGAAUCAUUGCUUUUAAAACGGACCAUCAUUAAAUGGCUUUUGCUACCAUUUUAGUUGUUUACUAAUGAAGUGUUAGAUUCCAAAUUACACUUAAAACAAAUUGAUGUUCAUUGUGCACACCUUUCUUUAAUCCUGCAGUCACCGGUCAAAUGUCAAUUUGAAGGAAAACAUUGAGGUUAUGUAAAAAUGUGUAAAAACUUGUCUCAAAAAUAUGAAAUCUAAUUAAUAAACAGUAAUAAACUAUUUUUCUGCAUUUAGAUAGUGCAACAAACAUAACUCAGUGGAAUUAUUGAUCAAAUUGUUAGAUGAAAACGGAAAUGGUGUAAAAAGUUACAAGAUUUUUCCACUAUUAUUAGUUAUGAAGCAAGAUGCAGUUUCCAACUUUAAUGCUGUAUACCUUAAUAAUUCACUUAUAUUCAAUAUGUGUAUGUCAGGGAUUCGACUUUUUGGUACCAGCAGGUAUAGCAAUUACUGGCGUCAUAUGGAGCACAGUUUGCCGAUUUAAAGAAUGUUGUUCAGAACAUGCAAUACAUGCUGAUUUUGAUGGCCUAGAAGAAGCUUUAGAAAAACAUAUAUAUGGUCAACACUUAGUGCAAGAUAUAGUCUUGAAUGCUCUAAAAUCUCAUUGGAAUGGUGUACAUCGACCACAGAAAGCUCUCACUUUAAGUUUUCAUGGUUGGCCAGGAAGUGGAAAAAAUUACGUAACCAGUUUCAUUAUAGACUACAUGUAUAAAAAAGGCAGCAAAAGUAACUUUGUUCAUCAUUUUAUAGGUAGAAUUCAUUUUUCGUCUAUCGACAAAGUCGCCGAAUACCAGGAUAACUUACAGCAAUGGAUAAAAGGCAAUGUAUCACAGUGUUCUAAACAGUUAUUCAUUUUUGAUGAGGUUGAUAAAAUGCCACCAAAAGUUCUAAACAUAAUAAAACCGAUGAUAGAUUAUCGAGAUGAUGUUGAUGGAGUUGAUUACAGGGAUUGUAUUUUCAUAUUUUUGUCAAAUACAGGAGCUGAAUUAAUAAAUGAACAUUUUUUGGAAUUGUGGAAUAGACAAGGUGUAAAACGGGAAGAUUUAAAAUUGAAAGAUUUUGAAUCACUAAUAACAAAAGGUGCUUUUAAUGAAGAAGGUGGCUUCCAUCAUUCUGAUACAAUUAGGAGUAAUUUAAUUGAUCACUACGUGCCAUUCCUUCCAAUGGAACGACGUCAAAUUCGAAUGUGUAUUUUAGAUGAAUUUCAAAAACGAAAGGUCAUAAAUCCUGGUGAAGAACAUAUUAAUGAGGCCAUGGAAUUUAUUGUGUGGGGACCGUCCACAGAGAAAAUUUUUUCCACAACUGGUUGUAAGCGUAUAAGUCAAAAAGUAGGCACAAUUGUUUCUAAAUAUAAGCUCCAUGGCAGAUAAUUUGUAAUAUUUGUAACAAAUAUGAUUCCUAAAAGGGAAUUUAAUUGUGA